UAUUUAAACCUGAGCCAGAUGACAUAAUUUCAAUUUUUCUUAUCAGGAUAUGUUACAAUUAAGAACAGGCAUGGACUAUCUUUUGUUGACAUUGGUGUUGGUUUGUACUGGGGCCAGUGCUUCAACUACUAUAUCACCAAGCAUCACUACAGGCGCCACUGUAGACAGAAUUUUCAAUAAUGUUGACAGAGACAUGGAUGGCAUCAUGGAAAAAAACGAGUUUGAUAAUGUAUUCAUUAAUGCUGAUAAAGACAAAAAUGGAUGUGUGACACUAGAAGAAUAUAAAAGCUUCUCAGCAGGAAGUGCAGAAAUGGCCACUAGGCUAUACAAAUACUUUGACAAAUCUAACACCCACUGUGUUAAUGCGACCAGUGUUUCCUGGGUGUUUGCUACCAUGGACGCAAAUAACAACGGGGCGGUGACAAUGGCAGAGUUUCAACAGUACUUUAUGACUCUGCUGCAGUCACUGUUUCAUGUAACUACCAUGCCAGUUGUAUGAACACUAUCCCCAGUUCCUCUCUAAGAAUGAAUAGAAUUAAAAGGAUCAACUAUAUGAAAUUGAAUAAAUCAAAUUUUUUUGAAAUGUAAUUACAAAAUAUAAAUCUGGUGUAAUAAAAAGUAAAUAAUCAAUAACUGA